GAAGUAAAGGAGGAAGAUGUUAAGAGCUGCAGGAGGUGAACUGACUCGUUUUGAUGUUCUGUUGUUCAGAUAUAAAGAGCUGCAGAAACACAGGCGACACAACGGAGACAAUGGAACCUCACAGAUGUGAAAAAUGUGGACAGAGUUUUUCAGAGAGUGGCUUGUUUGCCUCUCACAUGUGUUCAAAAAGGCAGAGAGCUCCAUUGGGCAAAGGACAGCUGGAGAAAUACAAAUGCUCUCAAUGCAGCGAGGUCUUUUCCAAGCCAAGUGCUCUGAAACACCACUUCAAAAUCCUCCACAGUGGACGUGACCCUGAAGGCCCAUUUCCCUGCUCUGAGCAAGGCUGCCAGUUCAACAGCACAGAUCGCCAGGAAUAUCAAGUCCACUUGACGUCCACACACGGCCUCACUCUGAUUCCUUGCACCUUCCGCUCCUGCAAAGUGUCGUUCCUCACACAAGGUGAGAUGGAGAGCCACUGGAAAGGCCACAUGCCUUAUGGCUGCUUUCACUGCCAGUUUGUCACCCAAAAUGCAAAAGAAAUGAGUGACCACCUCUCGGAGCAACACAACCAUCUGCCAACUCACACUGAAGGAAACGAGGCUGCAGCCACCACUGACGGUACUAAGGAAAUCCAUCAGCCUCAAGUCUCCAGCAGGCCAAAAAGGAAACAGAAAACCAACCCACCUUCUGCGUCAUCAUCAGUAGAAGAUGAGAACAAUGAGGAACCAGAGAGGGAAGGACAUGACGUGAAGAGAGCAAGAAAAGCAGCUGUGCCACUGCCAUCAAAAGAGUACCUUGCAGAGGGUGCAGAACACAUCUAUCGCACCCACACCUGCCCGAAGUGUCGCCGCUGCUUCAAGAUGCGCUCUCACCUGCAGGAGCACCUCCAUUUACACUUUCCUGAUCCCAGUCUCCAGUGUCCCACCUGCAAACGUUACUUCACCAGCAAGAGUAAGCUACGCAUACACAGACUGCGUGAGGCGGGUGAAAAAGUCCAUCAUUGCCACUUGUGUGAUUACUCUGCUGUGGAGCGUAACGCGAUCCGCCGCCACCUUGCCACCGUGCACGCCGACCAGGCCGAAGAUGACGUCAACUGCCACAGCUAUCCUUGCCCCACCUGUGGUGAAAGCUUUCGUCAGAGCAGGUUGCUUAAAGCUCACAUGAAGACACAUAACAUCCCCCCAGACAGCGAGCCGGUGACCUGCUUCCACGAGGGUUGUUCUUUCCAGAGUUCUUUGCGCAAAGAGCUUCUUAAACACGCCGCCGACAUGCACGGGGUCAAGGCUGUAGCGUGUCGACAUCACGCCUGCGGUGCCAUCUUUCAAGACGAGAAAGACAUGGAGACUCAUUAUCGGACGCACCUCGCCUACCACUGCUCGCUGUGUGAUUUCUCUUGCUCCAAUAAGACUGUUUUCCUCCAGCACCAACGGCACGGUCAUCCAGGAAAUGACAAGCUUUGCUGUGACUUUUGUGCAUUCGUUACGUUUAACCCUGUGGAGUUUGAACAGCACAUAGGACACUUACACGCCAACGAGAAGAUCCAUCGCUGCUCUCAGUGCAGCUACGUAACCUCACAUAAACGUGGCUUGAAGAGACACAUGCUGAUGCACAGUGGUGAGAAACCCCAUAAGUGCAGCGUCUGUGACUUCAGGUGCCGAGAUGAGUCCUACCUCUCUAAACAUAUGCUCACUCACUCUGAUGACAAGAACUUUAUGUGUGCCGAAUGUGGAUACGUCACCAAAUGGAAACACUAUCUGAACGUUCAUAUGAGGAAACAUGCUGGAGACCUCAGGUAUCAGUGUGAUCAGUGCCCCUAUCGCUGUCACCGCAUGGACCAGCUCAACAGCCACAAACUACGACAUCAAGCCAAAUCACUCAUGUGCGAGAUCUGUGCUUACGCCUGCAAGCGCAAAUAUGAGCUUCGCAAUCACAUGUUGACCAAACACUCCGGAGAGGGGAAGCCGCCGUCUGUGUAUAAGUGCAAAUACUGUACGUACACUACCUGCUACCGACAAGCCCUUCAAAACCACGAGAACUGCAAACAUACCAAGCUCAAAGAGUUCCGUUGCGCCCUUUGCUUCUACUCCUCGUUCAGUAGCAUCAGCCUCUUCCUGCACAAGAGAAAAACUCAUGGGUACGUACCCGGGGACAAAGCGUGGUUAGAGAACUACGCCGCAAAAGAGAAGGAGAGGAACACGACUGAGUUCUUGCAGGGUUUCUACAAUAAGCCUUCAAUAGGUAAUGAGCCAUCUGAACCAUCUACUGAAGGACCUCCACCAUCUCAAAGAGAACAAUCAGAACUUCAAGGCUCAUCAGAUCACAGUGGCGGCAAAGAAAUUGUAACUGGUUCACAAGCUGUUGAUUCAGUGAAUGUUUUUGAUGUUGUGUGCCAAGAGGUUGUCAAUGAAGGUAUUUCAGACAGUCCUCAACCUGGGGGAAGCUCAGAGGAGUACUGCACUCUUGUUUUAACAGCACUAUCAACCACUGACUAUGAAACCACAUCCCUUCAAAAUGAGGAGGAAAAUUCUCCAAGUACAUCCACUUUAAAUUGCAAUAAGUCUGAUACACCACAAGAAAAGGCAGACUCUAUAUCUACAAGCUCAUCAGAGGAAGAUGAUGUAGCCACAGCUGACGAAGAACCAAUUGACUUGGAUGACAACUGUGAGUCUCUGAAUAAUACAAGCCAACCAGUUGAGCCUGGUGAGUGUCAGACUGAAACGCCCGACGUGGAGAAUGAUUGUGGAACAGUCAUUUCAUCUUUUCCACCUGAGCAAAAUCAACUGUUAGAAUCUGAAGUCCGUCUGAAAGCUAUGAAAAAGCAUGACAAGGACCAAGCCGAAGCCAUGGUUUUGGAGGGACGGGUGCAGAUGCUUGUGGUGCCAACUAAAGACGUUUAUCGAUGUGACAAGUGCUCUUACGUAACCAAAAAGGAGACGGCUUUGAGGUACCACUGCCAGUCUUUGUGCCAAGGUAGAAUACAGGGACACAAGUGUCAGGCCUGUGGUGCACAGUUCAAACAGAAGCGUGGUCUCGAUGGCCACCUUGCAAAGAAGUGCCCGGCACUUCCACGAAAAAAAAGAACUUUUGUUGGCCUUUCAGCUUCUUGUUUGGCUACAGAUGAAAACUCUACUGUUGGUCAAGACGUUUCCAAACAACUGAAGCUUCUCUCUCCACAAAACAGGAUUUCCAAAGAUUCAAAUAUUCAGGAUUUUAAUCAGCAGGAAGAGGAAGUCCAACCAACAAACCUUUACUCUAAAGAAGAUGGGAAAUUUAAAUGUAAGCUCUGCAAUUUUUCAUCAGUCAAGCUUGCAACGGUUGAUCGACACACUUCCACCUGUCGGAAAAAAAGACAGAAUCAAAUCCUUUCAAAAGUGGAUGAUGAAUGUGGUAAUGAGUCGGUCAAAGAAAAAAAAGAUGUGGUGGAGGAGCUUGAUGAAAGGUCUGAGAUGGUUUCUAAAAAAUCUCAAACCUUCUCUUGUCCAAGCUGUGCGUUUAAGUGCAAUCAGAGAAGAGCAUUGGACCGCCAUGAAAAGAGAGGCUGCUUGAAACCAGAUGAGGUCCAAUGCACCAUGUGUUCAUUUGUUGCCAAAUCUAAAACUUCUUUGACCCGUCAUGUUCUGUACGUCCAUGACAAAAAAAAGCUUGGGGUUGCUAAACCUAAGCGUUUAAACUGCCAGCAAUGUACGUUCACCUGUAAGCAAGAACGAUGCAUGAUGCAACAUGUUGCGCUCAAACACAAAGGUGCAAGACCUCACCGUUGCCGUUACUGUUCUUUCAGCACCACAAGGCGCUAUCGCCUGGAGGAGCACGAGUCUCUUCACACAGGAAUCGGUCGUCACAGCUGCAACAUGUGCGACAAGACGUUUGGGGCUGUGACCAAAUUGCGUCAACACAAAAUGCGCAUCCACGACAAACGGCCCACUCACCGCUGCUCACUCUGCGACUUCAGUGGCUACACGCUUGACGAUGUGAGGCGACACAAUCUCAGAUGCCACACCGGAGAAUUACAUCAUGCCUGCACUCAUUGUGAGGCUCGCUUUAGUUCAGAAGUCGCUCUAAGAAACCACUGUAAGCGUGUGCACCAGCUACAGGUCUGCUUUUCAUGCAAGCAGUGUGACUACAUGUGCAGCAGCGAGGCCACACUGAAGACCCACCAACAGAGCAAACACCCACAGGUAAAGUGUACCACCUGCCAGGAGUCUUUUGAGACAACAGAAAGCCUUGAGAUUCACCAGAGAAUCCACUUGGCACAUCAGUGUCAGCUGUGCCCCUUUGCUACCAAAACAAGGCAACUACUAGCACAACACCUUCUGAAUGAACAUGAGGAUGGAUCUCUACAGGACAAGCCUCUCAAGUGCAGCAGUUGCCAGUUUUCUUGUCAGCAUCAGCUGGUGUUGGAGCAGCACCUCCGUUCACAUGGAGGCAAACGCCUGUACAAAUGCACAGACUGCGAGUACUCAACCCGCAACAAGCAGAAGAUCACGUGGCACAUCCGCAUACACACCGGGGAGAAGCCAUACAGCUGUGAGCAGUGUAGCUACACCUGCACUGAUCCCUCUAGGUUGAAGCUUCACAUGAGGGUUCACCAGGAAGAGAAGAAGUACCUUUGUCCGGAGUGCGGCUACAAAUGCAAGUGGGCGACUCAGCUGAAAUAUCACAUGACCAAGCACACAGGUGAGAAGCCAUACGCCUGUGAAGAUUGUGACUACCGCACCAACAGAGCGGACGCCCUCCGUGCCCAUCGGGACACGCAGCACUGCGACAUGCGCCCCUACAUCUGUGAGAAAUGCGGCAAAGCUUUCAAGACUAGUUUUAUACUGAAAACCCACCAGCGGCAACACACUGACGAUCGGCCAUACACGUGCGGCUUGUGCAACAAGGCCUUCCGAUGGCCAGCAGGACUCAGACAUCACUAUCUCUCUCACACUAAGCAGCAGCCUUUCUGCUGUCGCCACUGUUCCUACAGAGCCAAACAGAAGUUCCAGGUGGUCAAGCAUUUGCGGAGGCACCACCCAGAGAUGUCGGUAGAGCAGGGGGUGGUGAAGGACUCUGAAGCUGGUAGCCUGACCCUGAAGGAGGCCUUGCAGGGAACCCUGGAUCAGAGGGCAGCAGAAGCGGAGGAAGAGGAAGGAACAGCCGACGAGGUGCAGAAAGUAGUUGAAGAGGUUGUGCCACGAGAGGAAGAUGACUAG